UUUCAGUAUUAAAUUAGAACGUCCACUCAAACAUAUAAAAAACAAUACAAAGUGCUGGAUAUAGUUUGUUCUUGCAAAUUGCCUUUUUUCGUCUAGUUUAAACGGUGUAACAAGAGAAUGGAAAGAAUAAAAGAAGUACUGCAGGUUGCAGGAGUACAUUAUAGAGAAACUUCUGAUUUAUUGCAUCAUUUCAAAAAUGGUCUUCGGAAAAUAAAUCAAAAUAUGAUACAUUCCUUGCUGUUCCCAGAGAGCCCCAUCGCUUCCAUUCUCCAUCCACAAACGCAAAAAACAGCCCUUCAUUACGUCUCUGAAAAUCAGUACAGUUCAAGCUUAUUAACUCAACGCUUAAUUGACCUUGGAGCAAAUGUUAAUGCACAAAAUAUAAACGACGAAACUCCACUCCACUCUGUUCUGGCUCUCAGAAUGAAGAAAAUCGUUGAUGUCCCAAUCAAAAACGGAGCUGAUGUAAAUGUUCCAAGUAAGAUGGGUAUAUAUCCUAUUCAAUAUGUGACGCUUCUAGGAUCUUUGGAAAUAAUAGAAAUAGUGCUGAGAGCAGAAAAGCCUCCCAAUAUCCAGAAAAAUAAUACCAAACGAUGUUUGAAUGUCAUAAAAAUUUUGUUGAACGAGAGACAACAUUGCAUAAUCUCAAAGUAAAAUUAUUCAGCUCUUCUGCAAUUUGCUCUUCUCCAGAAAGACGAACAAUGUUUCGACUAUGUUUUGAUGAAUAGUGACUUUGAUUUGAGUGCAGUCAACCCUAAAGGAGAAACUUUGUUGCAUGUAGCAGCGCAAAAAGGUAAGCCAAAAAUAAUUAAUGCUUUGAUCACCCGAGGUGCUAAAAUCGAAGCAGUUUCGACUUCAGCUUCGCAUAUUUGGUUUCGUACUCGAAACAAGAAAGCCAGAUUAAAUUCAAGUAAUCAAGGAGGGAGAACUGCUCUUCAUGUUGCAGCUUUGAACAACAAUCCGGAAAACGUGAAGUGUCUUUUAGACGCCGGAGCUUGCGUGAAUAGUCUCACUACAGAGAAGA